CUCUGUUGCUCAGGUCUGCUCUGCACCAGAAGGAAAACUAAUCGAGUAAGAUCAUUGUGCGGCUCGGGCGGCGCGCUCUCAGGCAGACAUGUUCAGAAACCAGUACGAUAACGAUGUGACGGUGUGGAGCCCUCAGGGGCGAAUCCAUCAGAUUGAGUACGCCAUGGAGGCGGUGAAGCAGGGCUCUGCUACUGUGGGGCUCAAAUCACGCACUCACGCUGUUCUCGUGGCUUUAAAGAGGGCCCAGUCUGAGCUCGCUGCUCAUCAGAAGAAGAUCCUCAAUGUCGAUAACCACAUCGGGAUUUCCAUCGCUGGACUGACUGCAGACGCUCGACUGCUCUGUAACUUCAUGCGUCAGGAGUGUCUGGACUCCAGGUUUGUGUUUGAUCGUCCACUUCCUGUGUCUCGCCUCGUCACACUCAUCGGGAGCAAAACCCAGAUCCCCACACAGCGCUACGGGAGGAGACCCUACGGAGUCGGCCUUCUGAUCGCAGGCUACGAUGAUAUUGGCCCUCACAUCUUCCAGACCUGUCCAUCUGCCAACUACUUCGACUGUAAGGCUAUGUCCAUCGGAGCGCGCUCACAGUCCGCACGCACCUACCUGGAGAGACACAUGGAGCGCUUCCCUGACUGUAAUUUGAACGAGCUGGUGCAGCACGGCCUGUGUGCUCUCAGAGAGACUCUCCCUGCUGAACAGGACCUCACCACCAAGAACGUGUCGAUCGGGAUCGUGGGUAAGGACAUGGAGUUCACCAUCUACGACGAUGAUGACGUGGCUCCGUUUCUCCAGGGGUUAGAGGAGAGACCUCAGAGGAAGCCCGUCCAGCCGAGCGACGAUGCGGCCCCUCCUGCCUCAGACGAGCCGAUGGAGCACUGAGGAAGCGCUGAUGUAGCGAGCGUUAGAGAAGCUGCAGCGCUCGUUCUGCACUAAACACACUCUUCUGUUUGUUUUCUAUCUGUUCUGAAAUCAGCUCAAUAAAAUACAUUUACACUCUCA